AUGCAGAAUCCAAACGAAGAUACAGAAUGGAACGAUAUUUUACGAUCAAAGGGGAUAUUACCUAAAAAAGAAAAGGAAGUAUCCGAAGAUGAGAUUGUUAAUAUGAUUGAACAGACAAUACAGCAGAAACAGGCUGAAAAGGACAAACAGCUAUCAGAGUUAGAUCUAGAUGGCCUAGAUGAAUUGGAAGAUUCUGAGGAUGAAGCAGUUAUAGAAGAAUAUAGACAAAAACGCAUUGCCGAAUUAAAGCGUCUGGCUGAGAAAACAAAGUUUUGUGAUGUCAAAGAAAUUUCUGGGCAAGACUAUGUACAAGAGGUGAAUAAAGCUGGAGAAGGAAUUUGGGUUGUCAUUCAUUUAUAUAAACAGGGAAUACAACAAUGCGCCCUUCUAAAUCAACACUUGCGAGAAUUAGCUGCAAAAUAUCCCUAUACUAAGUUCUUGAAGGCUAUCGCACAAACAUGUAUACCCAAUUUCCCAGAGAGAAAUUUGCCAAGUGUUUUUGUGUACUUUGAAGGAGAUUUAAAGAAACAGUUCGUUGGGCCACAUGAACUGAGAGGCACUUCCCUAACUUGUGAUGAACUUGAAUUCUUGUUAGGUAAAGUUGGUGCUGUUGAUACCAAAAUAAAAGAAGACCCAAGGCCUAAGAUCAAAGAUAAACUGUUUACAGAUCUAGGGAAUAAUGAUUGGUGA